AUGAGCAGAUUUGAUAUGCCAAUUUGCUGGCACUUGUCCUGUUCAGUCCCUCAGCAGAGGCCACCGUCUGCCCGAGCAAGUUGCGAACACGAGACAGCGGCCGAAAUGUGCAGGUCGCAAUGUCUUGGCCGUCUACACGUCUUUUCUCGUCUCCUCUCGGGCGGACUCAACUAUUUAUACGAAGAAAAGUUGGGUUUCGAGGAAUCACUUGUAAAGAGAUUCGCAGGUCUGUACCACCAGAAGACGACCAGCGACGGAUUCCGCUUGACCAGCCGACGAUUGACUUUACUGACGCUGUUUCCGAGGCAAUCUCUUUCAAUUAAUCGUAAUAAGGUGCUAAGCUUUCGUCCGUCACAUGAAAAACAUCAUCAGAGCAUCGAGGGUAUCAUCGUCACAACCAAAUUGAAGCUAACCAGUCAAGAAAACAUGCCGGCGAAUCCCUAA